UUGAUUGUAUUGGUAUCCCUGACAGCGCUGCCCUUUCUUAGGUUGAAAAACAGUCAUAUAUCUGCCAAUGGCAAGUGAAGGACUACGCCAGCCUUAUUUCGCGACGAAACACACUUUGUGUUAGAAUUUCCGGUUUUCAUCGACAAUGGAAAACUUAGGCUGGCGGGAAAGGAUCCGCUCGUGGUUCGUCCCUCGCCCGCCCCGCGCGCCGUCGGGCAGGGCCUUGCUGGAGGCCGCGCGGAAGGGCGACUGGCGCCUGGUGAACGGGCUGCUGGCCGUGGGCACGCGCCCCGACGCGGCCCGCACGCUCCGCGAGCAGACCGCGCUGUGGCUGGCGGCGCAGCACGGCUUCAAGAAGGUGGCCGAGUCGCUCCUGGCGGCGGGCGCCGACCCCGGCGCGCACGACGACAGGGGCGUCACCUGCCUCCUCCAAGCAGCCCCAAAAAAAUUAGUAAGUAUCAAAUGCCGAAGUAGGUCAGAAAUUGUAAUCAAAAUAUGGAGAAAAGAUAAUAUUAAUAAUAAACAAAAUAUUAUUAAUAAACAAAAUUAA